AAAUUUGCCACGAAAAUUUUCGUUCUGACAUUGCUACUAAUGCUCCAAAAAUCAGGAAACCAGUUACUUCAGAAGACUGCAGGUUGUUUAAUAACAGCAAAUAUCAUUCCUGUUAAUGAGGAAACAAGUGAUCGAACAGGAACUAUUUACCUCGACAAUUAUCAUACAUUUGGAAAGAACGAAACGCGAAGUGU